AUGAAGACGAAGUUUUGUAGGGUUUUUGGAGAACCGCCCGGUCUUGAUACAGACAGAGAGAUCAGCGACCAAACCGGCGCGAACGAGUUUCGUUUCUCUUGUGGGAUUCAGAUAAUGGGGAGGAGCUAUGGCUACAGUCCUUCACCACGAAGGAGCUGUGAGAGAAGGUAUAGAAGCCCAAGUCCUGUGGAAUACUACAGAGGCCGGACUAGAGAUUCCCAAACCAGUCUACUGGUUCGGAAUCUCCGGCACGACUGUAGGCAAGAAGAUCUGCGUAGACCAUUUGAGCGGUUUGGUCGAGUCAAGGAUAUCUAUAUACCUCGUAAUUAUUACACUAGGGAGCCUCGUGGGUUUGGCUUUGUGCAGUACUAUGAUCCUGCGGAUGCUGCAGACGCAAAGUAUCACUUAGAUGGCUAUGUUCUUCUUGGCCGUGAAAUUACUGUAGUAUUUGCAGAGGAGAACAGAAAGAAACCCUCCGAAAUGAGAGAACGAGAACGAUCAAGGGGCAGAACAUCUACAAGGUCUCCAUAUGGUCACUCUCGGUCUCCUUGCUAUUCGCGUUCACCAAACUACAGACGAAGGUACUCGCGUUCGCCGGACAACAGAAGAAGAAGCUAUUCACAUUCACCAUAUGAUGAUAGGCGCCAUUCAAGAUCUGUUUCCCCGGAGGAUAGGAAGCGAUCAUACUCAAGGUCAAGCUCAAGGUCCCGGUAUGAGUCGAGAAGCAGGAGCCCGAGUCCCGGAUACUGA